AUGAGUCAAAAAAACACAAAAAAGAAGACCGUACAAACUGCAAAGCCAGAGUUGCACAGGUGAAUCCCGUACCKCCUACACCCCCUCUACUACUCUAGUUCCUCUACUCUCUGCUGCUUCUCAUCUCACCCUUGAACCUCUUGAUAGCAGCAGAGUAGUCCUCUAGAGUCCUAGGCUUUCGUAUACCAGACGUGAGACACCCGAAUCCUGCGCCAAGGCAUCAGAUAGAUGUUAGCUCCCCCCCUUUUGUUCGUUUAUUCAUUCUUCUUUCUUUCAUUCAUUCGUUCAAAAUUAACCAACGUACCGCCAUCACUAAUUUUUCCCUCUCUGUCCCUGUCUUUGUCUCUGUCUGUCUCCGACUCCGAGCAUGUAAUAUGUAUAUUUAUUACUCUUUUCUUCCUCUAUAUAUAACCAUCAACAAGUGUCUCCCCAAUAACUACAAUAGAUAUACCCACGGAUGGACAGCUUCCCCUGUAAACCCAACCCACCUGUUUCAACCGCAUCGAUGGCUUCUGCCAUCUCCAAGGAGAAGAAGAGAGGUGGCAAGAGAAGCAAAGGAGUGAAGCUGUCGACGGACCCACAAAGUGUAGCAGCCCGACAGAGGAGGCACCGUAUCAGCGACCGCUUCAAGAUCUUGCAGAGCUUAGUACCUGGAGGCACCAAGAUGGACACCGUUUCCAUGCUAGAGGAGGCCAUUCACUAUGUUAAGUUUCUAAAGACCCAAAUAUGGUUGCAUCAAGCCAUGAUGAACUUCUUACACGACGACUCUUCUUCCUCUUCUUCUUCUACUUCCCUCCUCUCUCCUCCAGACUUGGUGUAUUCGUCAGCUGCAGCCUUAGCAACUCCGUCUUUGCCACCACCACCACCGCCUCCGCCAGCUACUCCGUCUUUGCCACCACCCUCUUACUAUCAAGGA